AAAACGACUUCUUAACCUAUCUUCCGGUCCUCCCGUUCCGACACAAGCCAUAUUCUCUCUCUCUCUCUAUCGAUAAUCCUUUCCCUCCCUGAAAAUGGCGAACGCCGGCGAGAAGACCUGCCCCGCUUCCGACGAGGAAUCCAGCCCUCUCCUGGACCGGAAGGUCGCCGACGAGGCGGCGAAACCCGCCCAGGUCCCCGACAAGUUCGCCGAUCACGCCAAGAAGCCCGGCCAGGUCGCCGACAAGGUCGCCGGCGGAUGCGGCGGCGGGUGCGGGUGGACCGCCGAUGGCCUGCCGCUGGCUCACGGCAGCGUGGUGGGGGAACCGGUGGAGCGGGCGCGGUGGAACUCCGGCCUCUUCGCUUGCCUCGGCCGCAACGACGAGUUCUGCAGCAGCGAUCUCGAAGUUUGUCUCCUUGGAAGCGUUGCUCCUUGUGUGCUUUAUGGAAGUAAUGUUGAGAGACUUGGAAGUGAUGUUGAGAGACUCGGAAACACUACCGGAACUUUUGCGACCCACUGCUUGUCUUAUGCUGGCCUUUUUCUGAUUGGAAAGUCCUUCUAUGGUGUCAACUGCCUUGCGCCCAUGUUUUCAUUUCUUAGCCGCACGGCUAUUCGUCGCAAGUAUAAUCUAGAGGGUAGCUGUGAGGCACUGCACAGGUCAUGUGGAUGCUGUGGAAGUUGUGUGGAGGACGAGGUGCAACUAGAGCGGUGCGAAACUGGGUGCGACGUGCUAACUCACGUCUUAUGCCAUGCCUGCGCUCUCUGCCAGGAAGGACGUGAGCUCCGCCGUAGGGUACCUCAUCCUGGAUUCAAUGCACAUCCAGUCUUGGUGAUGAUCCCCCCAGGCGAGCAGACUAUGGCUCGCAGGGCUUGAGCGUUCUACAUCUAUAUGAAAACCAGCCUGUAUAUGUGCAAACCGUACGUGUGAUUUCUCUGGUUGUGGACUUACCAGACUUUGUAUUGUACUAAAGAAAUGGUGAUGAAAUUUGGUGCUUGGUUUUAACCAGCUAUAAAUAAAAGCUCUGUUUAUGA